AUGCAAUUUCACAUUUUGCUCGCCAAUUUUUUGUUGGCAUUUUUUGUCGACGCCCAUUUCUUCACAAAUCUCGUCACAAAUUCGACAGCGUGCCCGUUUCUGACAAGAGUCGAACGCCAUCACAAUUUUCCGAUCGUCUAUAAGGAAUGCGGAGCACGAAUGAAAUGCGGCGUCGUUUUUCGGCCGGCCAUCAAUUUUCUCAAAAACGGCGCUCUUACGUUUUAUCUGAACGCGUCGUGCUUUGAUUCGACGCCGCUGAAAAUUCGCGAUUCGAUCAUCGUACUCCCGAAAUUGUGCGAGACGCCGCCGACGAAUUGCCAACAUUUCGAGCACGACGGCAUCUAUGAGGGCACGAUUUGCUGCGCCAACGACUCGAUCGGCAUUUUCAAGAGCCUGGCCUGGAAGAUGUUCUUCAGCAAAGCCGGCGACGAAUUCCACAACGAGCUUGUCGACACCGAACAAAUUCUGACGCACGCCUGGCUCAACACUCGACUCACUGGCAUCAAUAUGAAUAUGACGGCGUAUUUGGUGUUGCCGCCAUUGGCGAUUACGACGCUGUUUUCCUCGUUGUACUUGAUGCAAUUCGCGUUUUUGGCGAAAAAUCGAUAA